AUGAUAAAUUGCACCCACCAUUUUCAAAAUCCAAUCACUUUGAUAUAUAAAGCUCCUCACAAGUGUUAAUUUUACAGAAUACUUUGUUCUGAAUGCUAAAAUGAACAUGGAGUAAUUUUAAAGCAUACAAUUCCUUUAAAAAUAUUUCGAGAGAUAUCUAUGAAGAAAUUAAAAGACACCAACCUUAAUGAUACAACUGAGUUAACCAAAUAGAGAUUGGCCUUUAAAUCAUUGCUCUCUCAAACUGAAUUAAUGUUGAAUAAAAUUUGGGAGGAGUUGUCACAAUCAAUCAAAUAAGUAUAUGAUUAGAUAGAGAAGGAAAACUAAUCAUACUUAAACCUCAUCAACGAAAAUACAAAUCUAGCUGAAUCCUCUUACAAAGAUUUGGAAAAAUUAGUUAACAUUGUAGAAGGAUAAACUUUAAUAGAUUGGAAUGAGUAGAAGAAUUCUUAGAUGAUAGAAUUAGAUAAGACCAUGAAUUGGGGGACCAUCAUAUUAAGGCAUUUAUUGAAAUGUCUAACCAAAGAAUCCAACAGAUCCAAUCAUUAAUUAAGUAAGUAUUUAUUUAUUAUUGUAGAAUUUAACAUAAUCAAGAAGAAUUAUCAGAAGAAGUUUGUUAAAGGAAAGAAGAUCUCGUUGAAAUACUAACGUCCCUCCAGGAUAUAGAUGAAUCUCUCUAUAAAAAGCUUUUUGAAAUACUAAGUAGAUAUAAGGUGUAGAGUUAUUGGAUUCCUGUCGAAGACAAACAAUCAUCAGUUUUAUGAAUUUUUAAACAACAACCAAGAGAAUAUAAAAGAUGUGAAGAAGCAAGUAAAGAUAAUCACAAACGUCUUGAAGAAUAUUUAGGAUCAUCAAUUUAGUAAGGAUGAUUAUUCUUCAGAGACUUUUGAAAAGGCAAGAUAAGAUCUACUAAAGAGGUUGAAAGAUAAUAAAGAAGUAAUAGAUUUUAUCAAAUUUAUUGUUCUCCUUACAAGUUUAGAUGUAAAAUUUAUCCAAGGUGGAUCAAAUGGACUAAGUUUAUUAGUGUAGAUGAAAGUUGAUAUUAGGAACCAAUCCUUUGAGAAUAUUAGAAUGAAGAAUACUUCUUUGAUUGGUGGAAACUUUGUAUGA